UUUUUUCAACUUCCAGAUCACACAAAACAAGAGUGAGAGUAGAGUGACUAAAGAAAACCAUGUUGAAUUCUCAAAUCAACCAUUCUCACCCUCUUAACAACCUACUACCAAUCCGCAAAGCCUUUGUCCAUGGUGACACCACUAACCAUUCCUCCUCCAACGCCUACUCCCCCGCCAACCUUCGCCAACACGCAUCCACCAAGAAAUCCAAUGCUACCCGUGCACGAUCCACCUCAACUGCGGGUAACAUUAAAGCCAUAUCAAUCCCCUUUCUUACCAAGGAGACCACCGUCAAGUGUGUCAUCACCAUCCAACCAACCAUUAGCUCCGCCAUUGCUGGUGUAGGCGUUGGUGGUAUUGUUGAUGGUGUUUCUGAUCUUCUAGGGUUGUCAUUUUUGUUGGAGCUCGUUUCAAAUGACCUCGAUUCAAAAGGAAACCAAAAGACAGUGAAGGCUUAUGCAAGAUACAACGCACUGGAUUUGGACAUUAGCGUGUACACAUACAAAUGCGACUUCGACGUCCCUGAAGAUUUUGGGGAGAUAGGAGCUGUGUUGGUAGAAAAUGAGUAUAGCAAGAAGAUGUUUUUCAAGAACAUUGUCCUUAACAACGGUGUUACCUUCACAUGCGAGUCAUGGGUUCACUCCAAAUACGAUAACCCUGAGAAAAGAAUAUUUUUCACCGACAAGUCGUAUCUACUGUUGGAAACGCCGACGGCACUGAAGCCGUUACGAGAGAAAGAUAUGGAAUCGCUUCGAGGAAACGGCGAAGGAGAACGUAAAUCAUUCGAGCGGAUAUAUGAUUAUGAUGUGUACAACGAUCUCGGAGAUCCGGAUGGAAGCUUAGAUCUAGCACGGCCGGUGCUCGGUGGCGAGACACAUCCGUACCCUAGGCGGUGCCGUACUGGUCGCAAAAUGUCCUCUAAAGAUCCGUUAACAGAAAGCAGAACUACGCUCCCUUUUUAUGUACCUGCGGAUGAAGAUUUUUCAGAGAUAAAGAGUGUGAACUUUGGAGCAAAAACUUUAUACUCUGUGCUUCAUGGAGUUGUACCAAUGCUAGACUCAAUUGUAACAGACAAAGACAAGGGUUUUCCAUUAUUCACAUCCAUAGAUUUGCUUUAUAAUGAAGGUGUUAAUGUUCCUUCUCCUGACAACGGAAUUCUAAGUGCUUUACCUAGACUUGUCAAAGGGGCUACUGAUGCCGCAAAUACCGUUAUCAAGUUUGAGACCCCCGAAACCAUUGAUAGAGACACAUUCUCAUGGUUCCGUGAUGAAGAGUUCUGCCGGCAAAUGCUUGCCGGUAUUAAUCCUUGUCGCAUACAAUUGGUUACGGAAUGGCCAUUGAUGAGUAAACUGGACCCUGAAAUCUAUGGACCAGCUGAGUCAGCAAUUACAAAGGAGAUUGUAGAGGAAGAGAUUAAAGGUUUCAUGACUCUUGAGGAGGCUUUAGCACAAAAGAAGCUGUUUAUGCUGGAUUAUCAUGAUCUGCUCUUGCCUUAUGUUAACAAAACGGAGGCUGAAGGGAGAACUUUGUAUGGUUCAAGAACUUUAAUGUUCCUUACUCCUGCUGGAACAUUAAGGCCACUAGCCAUUGAGCUGACUCGCCCACCAGUUGAUGGGAAACCACAGUGGAAACAUGUUUACACACCCGCUUGGGAUGCUACAGGUGCAUGGCUUUGGAAGCUAGCCAAGGCUCAUGUCCUUGCCCAUGAUUCUAGCUAUCACCAACUUGUUAGCCAUUGGCUAAGAACACAUUGUGCUACCGAACCUUACAUUAUUGCUACCAAUCGCCAACUCAGUCAAAUGCAUCCAAUUCGACGAUUUCUACUCCCUCAUUUCCGUUACACUAUGCAAAUUAAUUCUCUAGCUAGACUUUUACUCGUCAAUGCCAUGGGUAUCAUAGAGUCAACAUUUUCUCCUGGAAGAUAUUGUAUGCAAAUUUCCUCUGAUGCAUAUGAUCAGCAAUGGCGUUUUGAUCAUGAAGCGCUUCCGGCCGACCUAAUUAGCAGGGGUAUGGCGGUUGAAGAUCCAACCGCACCAUAUGGUGUAAAACUAACAAUCGAGGAUUACCCAUAUGCAAAUGAUGGUUUACUCAUUUAUGAUACCAUUAAACAAUGGGCAACUUCUUAUGUCAACCACUAUUACCCACAAGCGAAUCUAGUGGAAUCUGAUGAAGAGCUUCAAGCAUGGUGGAAUGAAAUCCGUACAGUUGGUCAUGGAGAUAAGAAAGAUGAACCAUGGUGGCCACAACUCAAAACCCAAGAUGAUUUGAUUGGAAUUGUUUCAACCAUCUUGUGGGUGACCUCUGGUCAGCAUUCAGCAGUCAACUUCGGUCAAUAUGAUUUCGCGGGUUAUUUCCCUAACAGGCCGACAAUUUCCAGAACCAAAAUGCCCAACGAAGACCCCACAGACGAAGAAUGGCAGUCGUUUAUAAAGCGACCCGAGGAUGCUUUAUUGAAAUGCUUCCCAUCCCAAAUCCAAGCUACAAAAGUGAUGGCGAUUUUGGAUGUUUUAUCAAGUCAUUCACCAGAUGAAGAAUAUAUCGGUGGAAAUAUUGAGGCGGCAUGGGAGGCGGAGCCUGCUAUAAAAGCAGCAUUUGAGGAGUUCCGUGGAAGGCUCAAUGAGCUGGAAGCAAUCAUAGACUCAAGGAACACGGAUCCCAAUUUGAAGAAUCGUAGUGGUGCGGGGUUGGUUCCGUAUCAACUUCUCAAACCGUAUUCUGAAAAAGGUGUGACCGGGAGAGGUGUUCCAAACAGCAUAUCCAUCUAGUUGGAUUGGUUUGGUUCCUAAUGCUCGAGGAAUAGUCUAUGUGGUGUAAUAAGGCCAUGACCAUGGUUUAGUUGUGUUUUAUUGUUAUUUGGAAUAAGUUCACUUAUGUGCCUUCUUGUAUUAUAAGCCAACAUUAUCGAACUUUAUAUUGUAUGUGUAUUAUUGUUAUUUGGAAUAACAUGGCAUAGCACCAUUCUUGUUACCAUGA